AUGGAUCUCACAGAGAUCAGGGCACAGGGCAAUGCCUCCACAGUGACACAAUUCAUCCUUCUGGGAUUCUCAGACCUUCCCAACCUCCAGGGGUUUCUGUUUGGUAUGUUCUCCAUAGUUUACUUAAUUAUCCUAAUUGGGAAUAGCUUCAUAAUUGUUAUAACCAGGCUUGAUCCGGCACUACAGAAGCCCAUGUAUUUUUUCCUGGCAAACUUUUCUUCUCUGGAAAUCUGUUAUGUAUCAGUCAUUCUUCCUAGGAUUCUGUUCAACAUUGGUACUCAGAAUAGAAGUAUAUCCAAGCUGGCUUGUGCCACUCAAACAUGCUUCUUCCUUAUGCUGGGAGCCACUGAAUGUUUCCUUCUGGCUGUGAUGUCCUAUGAUAGAUAUGUGGCUAUCUGCAACCCCCUGCAAUAUCCCUUGGUCAUGAACCCAAUAAAGUGCAAUCAGCUGGCAGCAGGAUCCUGGCUCGGUGGAAUGCCAUUCCAGCUUGGGCAAACCUGUCAGAUAUUCUCUCUACAUUUCUGUCAGUCUAACCAGGUAGAUCACUUCUUCUGUGACUUACCUCCCAUUCUCAAGCUGGCCUGUGGGGACACCUUUAUUAAUGAGCUCUCUGUCUACUUAGUGACUCUCCUCAUUGCCACAGUCCCUUUUAUGUUGAUACUUGCUUCUUAUAGCAAAAUCAUUGCCACCAUUCUGAGGUUGCCAACAGCCACAGGACGAGCAAAAGCCUUUUCCACUUGUUCUUCCCAUUUACUUGUGGUGUUUUUGUUUUUUGGAUCAGCCACUGUUACAUACUUUAGACCAAAGUCUGCACAUUCACCAGGAACUGACAAACUGCUCUCUCUGUUCUACACCAUUGUGACCCCCAUGUUCAACCCCCUGAUAUACAGUCUUAGGAACAAGGAUGUGAUUGCUGCACUGAGAAAAUUAUUACUUAGAAAAUAA